AUGGCGACACUAAGUCUCGACGAAGACGAGCUCAAGUCGGUUGAGCAGACGCUCGCCAGGCUGGCGCAGCUGUCGAGCAGCAUCCAGAGUCUCAAGAUGGACAUUCUUAAAAGCAAUCCACUCCCUCACCCAUCAUCCCUGCAGGCGUCGGCACAGAUUCUGCAGCGAAACCUCCAAACCGUCCUCGACAACCUAAGUGAGAACUCAGACCUGUUUGCGCGCAUGGCGAUCCACCCUUCGACGAACUACCCCGGGCGCACGCAGGAGAACCUCCUGACGCAACUGCUGCGCAAGAAGCUCGAGCCCGACGUCGAGGAGCUGGUGGCCGACGGCCGGGAGACGGCCAGGUUGGCAACGCCCGAGGGCGUGGUGGAGCUGCAGGCCAUAUGGGACGAGCUGCGCCAGUGGACGCACGAGCGCAUUGCCGCCUAUGUGCGCGACGAGGCUGGCGACGUAUACACCAAGGACGAGCGGGCGACGGGCACAGAUAAGGUCCGUACGGGGCUGCGGCGGGGGCUGGACGAGGAGAGCGACGAUGACGACGACGACGACGACGACGACGAAGAGGCUGACGAAGCCGAGGACGGGAUUGACGAUGAUGGUGAUGGCGGCGAUGAGGGCAAAAAGGGCAAGACAAGGCUGGUCCGAGGCCCGGAACCGGAGACGUUGUUGUGGUUUGCGGCGCGGGGCGACUUUGAGGUGCCGCGCAACGUCGAGUACGAGAGGAAGGUGGGCCUCAGGAAGGGUCUCGAGGGAGUGAAUAUCCCGCCCGCCAGGCCCGAGGGAGCUGAGCCGGCCUAG